UCUGAGCUCCUGGACGACCUGUCUCAUGACGCCCUGCUGGGUCAGCUCCUCAGCGACCCCUUCCUCUCCGGGGUGCGGGGCGGCGUGGAGGCCAUGGAGGGCGAGGAGGACGAAAGCGACCUGUCCCCGUCCUCGCCUCUGCCCCCCCACAUCACAGCCGAGCACAGCUACUCGCUCUGCGGGGACAGCCGGCCGCAGUCGCCCCUGUCACACCUGACCGGGGAGCAAGGCAGCGAAGCCGAAUCGGACGGGGACUCAGCUGAUUGGCCCAUGGAGCAGGACGAGGCCAUGGACGCCAUGGACGCCAUGGACGGCCUCCUGUGUGAGACUCCCUCCCUCCUCCCCAGCCUCUCCCUGUCCCUGGCCUCCAGCGAGGGGCCCCAAGCAUCCGAGGGCCCCGCCGCCGCCCCUGCUGCUGCUGCCGCCGCCCCUGCUGCAGCCGCCCCGGCUCAGGCCACAGUCAGCAGCCACAACCAGAGCAAGAGCAUCAAGAUAAAAGAGGAGAGCAUCGUCCCUCAGAUCAAACUCGAGCCUCAUGAAGUCGACCAGUUCCUCAACUUUUCACCCAAAGGUCUGGAGUCUCUGCAGAUGCCUCCCACUCCUCCCAGUUCCCACGGCAGCGACUCGGAGGGCAGCCAGAGCCCCGUCCACGCUCCGCCCAGCCUCUCCUGCCCCACCUCCCCGACCAGCCCCUCUCCGUCCCAGGCCAGCCUGAAGGUGGCGCCGCGGGCCGCCUCCUCCCUGUCCAACUCCCCCUUGCUCACCGCCGCUCAUAAACUGCAGGGCUCAGGGCCGCUGAUCCUGACGGAGGAGGAGCGUCGGACUCUGGUUGCCGAGGGUUACCCCGUCCCCACCAAACUGCCGCUCACCAAAGCCGAGGAGAAGGCGGUGAAGAAGAUCCGCAGGAAAAUCAAGAAUAAGAUUUCAGCUCAGGAGAGUCGCAGGAAGAAGAAGGAGUACAUGGACGCUCUGGAGAAGAAGGUGGAGACCUGCUCUAACGAAAACAACGAGCUGCGCAUGAAAGUGGAAUCUCUGGAGUGUACCAACAAGUCUCUGCUGCAGCAGCUGCAGUCUCUGCAGGCGGUGGUGGCGGGCAAAGUCCCCAAGUCCUGCAGGAUGGCUGGCACCCAGACAUCAUCGUGCCUAAUGGUGGUCGUGUUGUGUUUUGCUCUGUUUCUGGGGAGUUUUUACCCCGACAGUCUGAGCCCCUGCUCCACCAUCACUGAAACAGGCCUCGCCUCAAAGCAGCUGUCAGUCAAAGAGUCGUACACGGCCACAGUGAAGUCGAGGAAUCUGCUGUCGACUUUUGAAGACGAGCAGCCGCACCUGCUCGGUCUCGGCGGCGAGUAUCCCGACCAGUGGGAGGACACGCCAGCCGUCGUCAUGGCAGCGUGGCGUCACUCGGAGCAGCAGAAGCUUGGGGUGGAGCCCAGCAGGGAGGAGACACACCCACCUUUCAUGAGUAAAAACAACGAUACGCAGACGCAGACAAACCUGCUGCUGGACCUGCACAGACCCUGACACCCCCCACAGAACUGAUCCAGCACGUCUGUGGCUUCACAGAUGUUCAUUACAGAUGUGAUGAAAGCUCAGAAUACGAUGACGUCAUCUCACCUCUUGGCUUUUUGUCAGGUCUCUGGAGCAGAUGACGCACGAGAGCAGCAGUAAAGUGAUAGAGCUGGAGCGAACCGUCAACGAGACCUCCUGAGGUCGACGCCCCCUCGUCCUUCACACCCCCACACCCCCACCCUGACCUUUGACCCUCCCCCCCUCUGGAGCAUGGUUCAGUGUCCUGGAGCAAACCUCAUACAGCAGUUAUACAUGCACUGCUGAUUGUUAUUUAAGGUCAUUUAUGUUUUCAGCCAUCUCUGUUUAAUCAGAUACACUGUAGUAGUAAGAAUGGGAAUUCAGGGGCACUGGUUGCCUCCUGUUGUGAAGUAAAAGUUGCACUGAAUAGUUUUUACACGAGUCAGCUCAUCAGUUUUAUUCGUCCUAAUUGACCCGACAUGAAAACGCUGUUAAAUUCAGAUAAAUUAAAAAAAAAACGAUCCAAAUGUAGCGCGACAUUCAUUCCGAUGGAAAGUGUCUGAGAAUACGACACGUGAGGCUGUUUUUACAGGACACUGACGAGGACCUCUGUAUUUAUAGAAAUCUUUUUUUAGUUGUAUUUCUUUUAAUAUUAAAUGUUUUUAAUUCUAUUCCAUACAGUUCAACACGUUUUGAUACUUUCAUUGUGUUUUAUGAUUUAUUUUAUUGUGCUAUUUUAUAUUUUGUUCAUAUUUCUUCAGCUGACUUCGAGAUUUCACGCGUCGAGGGGUUAACUUCGGGGUUCCUGCGCUUAUUUAAAAAAAAAAAAAAAAUCCCUGAAAUGUUUGGUGACGUUUAAAAGACCAGAAAUGAAAAAGUGUUGGACGGUGGGUGUUCAUGCAGCUGGAGAACAAAUGUCAUUUCACACCUUUAAUUUAGAUGUUUACUGGUUUGCAAAAAGAAUCGGGGGAUUAUUGAUUCCACAGACGCUCACGUUUGACAUGUGGGGACCCUGCGAGCGAAGCCUCAGGCAUUUGGACUGUGUGCAAGUCAGGGGUCAAUAUUCAAUACUUUUCUUUCUGUUCAUUUUCUUUUAGUUUUGGUCAUGAAAUGCAUUUUAACGAGCCACACGUUUCAAGUAGAAAACUUCACCUUAAAAAAAACUACUACGCAUCCGGAGACAUUUUGGGAAACACGUUUAUUUUGCUUUUGACUCUUUAUCUGUUUAUCUGCAUCUUUUAAAACUCACUAAUUAAUAAAUGAUAUAAAUUAAUUACUGAGCCCUAUAGUUGCUGGUUUUAAAUCCAGCCGGUGAUUUGGACAGAUCCACGCUGGCUGUCUCCAGAUUCUGCUCUAGCUUUGUUCAGACCUGAGAGACGAAUCACUCCUCUCACUGAAAGCAAAUAAAACUGUUUCCCAAUAUGUCGAACUGUUGCUUAAAAAGAAGUUUUGAGAAUGUGUGAUGGAACCACAGAUUUCACCUCCUGCGCUCACCUCACUUGGCCUCUAAUCCUCGCUUUGCACACUGUCAGCUCCAAGAGUCUUUAUCUGCUCUUUUUUUAAGCAUUUACCAAAAAAAUAUUUCUACCCAGAAAUAAAAAAAAAUCUAUUUUUGUAAAUAUGAGUUGUUAAUAAAUGAGAAAGUCUAAAUGUGUCUGGGAUGUGCAGUUUAUAAACCAACCUGUGAUUCAUUCUGUCACGAACGUGAGUUUGUCUUGACUGGUUUCUGGGUUGUAGUUUGAUCUUUUGAUGAUUGCAGGUCAUCGUGGCUCUUAUCUGUUCAUAUUAAGUGUUUUACAGAUGUGUUGUCAUGUGUGUUACAGACACAGACAUUCGGGGGAAAUGUCCACCAUCUUUAAUUGAUCCCUGUCGAAAACGACAGUGUUUAGCUCUGCGUCUGUUGUUUGAACUGAAACACGAUCUUCACUCUGUAGAAAACACAAGAUGAGAUGUUGUUUUCAUAUUUGAAAUUUUCACGACCUGCUCCCUCCAGUUGAGAGCGUUUUUAAAAAAGUCAGAUUUCAUUUCUAUGUUGCUUCUGUGUAAAGCCCACGUGACCUAUAGGCUUUCUGUCUUUUUGCAUUCAAACGAAUAAAGUAUUUUCCGUAGUAAAAGCA